GGGAGGCGCGGCAAGGUCAGCCUGGCUUGAGGUGGCAGCCUGCCUAGGAGUGGGAGACCCUCCUGGGGAGCUGCGCCGCGUCCUCCGAGCGCCUCGGCCAUAUUGAAUAGCCAAGGCCGAGCCGCCUUUGUCUGCGAAGUCCUCUCUCAAGUUCCAGGCGCAUCUGUGGCACAGGAAGAACCACCGGCCAGCCCGUGCGCCCGCAGUUGGAGCCGGGACACCGCGUCUGCAGCUUGCAGUGGGCUGGGAGCCUCAGAACUGACCUCACCCGGGCUCACGUAAGCAUCCUGGAAAUUGAUUCCCACUAAUCCUUCGCGGGGAGCGGAUCGAGACCGGACUUGUUGCAGAGAAAAGUGGGAAGUGAGACUCUCUGGACAGCGCUGCGGGGAGAGCAACCUACUCCCCUCUCCCCGCCCAAGACUCGAGGCUACGAGCAGUUUGGGCUCAUUGCCCCCAGCCCAGAUUUCACCCUGGAGAUCUUAAAGACGCUCGAGAAAAGCCAUGUGGGGGGCUGGUUCCCCUGGGGCUUCCUCCCGUCCCCCGACUGCCUCAUCCUUUGGAGCGUCCCGGACGUCUGCAAAGACGUGGAUCUGGACGUCCUCGUCGAAGCUUUGAAGCCCGUGGGGACCUUUAAGAAAAUCGGCAAGGUGUUCCGCCGGGAGGAGGACUCCACCGUGGGCAUGCUGCAGAUUGGGGAAGAUGUGGACUAUCUGCUCAUUCCCCGCGAGGUCCGGCUGGCCGGAGGCGUCUGGAGGGUCAUUUCCAAGCCAGCCACCAAGGAGGCAGAAUUUCGGGAACGGCUGAUCCAGUUUCUGGAAGAAGAGGGCCGCACCCUGGAGGACGUGGCCCGCAUCAUCGAGAAGAGCACCCCGCAUCCACCCCAGCCCCCUAGAAAGUCUAAGGAGCCCCGAGUGAGGAGGAGAGUCCAGCAGAUGGUGACCCCACCCCCCCGGCUGGUCGUGGGCACUUAUGACAGCAGUAACGCCAGUGACAGCGAGUUCAGCGAUUUCGAGACCUCCAGGAACAAGGCUGACAAGGGCCGCAAAGGCGCCGGCCGUGGCAGGAAGGUGCGCAAAAUGCCCGUCAGUUACCUGGGCAGCAAGUUCCUCGGAAGCGACCUGGAGAGCGAGGAUGAUGAGGAACUGGUGGAGGCCUUCCUCAGGCGAGGGGAGAAGAAAGCCAGCGCGCCUCCUCCCCGCCGCCGGGUGAACCUGCCUGUACCCAUGUUUGACGACAGCCCAGGGCCCCAGCAGUCCAAAGCGGACAGGUGGCGGGAGUGUGUCAGCCAGGUGUCCUGGGGGAAGCUGAAGCGGAGGGUGAAGGGCUGGACACCGAAGUCCAGCCCCGGGGUGGGCGAGGCCAGGCAGGCCUCUACCAGGGUGGAGAGGGACAGUGCAUCGGUGCCAGGCAGUGCCAGCCUGGGGUGUAACCUGGGAAAUGCACGAGAUGGGCGGGUGGCUGAGACCCCCCCAAGGCGAUGGAGGCCCCAGAUCAACUGGGCUUCCUUCAGACGUCGCAGGAGGGAGGAAACAGCUUCCAGAGCUCAGGGGGGAGAGGCUGCAAAUGAGCAGAGGGUGGAGGCUGCAAAUAAUCAGAGGGGGGAGGCUGUAGGUAAUCAGAGGGUGGAAGCUAUAGCUAAUCAGAGGGGGGAGGCUAUAGGUAAUCAGAGGGGGGAGGCUGUAGAUAAUCAGAGAGCAGGGCCCAUAGCUGUCCAGGAGGCAGAGGCUGUGGAUAAUCAGAGAGCAGAUGCCCUGGCUGUCCAGGGGGCAGAGGCCAUACCUGUCCAGGGGGCAGAGGCCCCGGCUGACCCGAGGGCAGAAGCUGCAGAGGAUCCGAGGGCAGAGGCCCCGGUUGUCCAGGGAGCAGAGGCUGUACCUGAUGGGGAAGAAGCUGGAUCGGUCCAGAGGGCAGAAGCUGCCUGUAAUCAGAGGGCAGAGACCCCGGCUGUUCAGGAGGCUGAAUCCUCAGCUGCCGGAAGGGCCACAGGGGCCACUGCAGGAGCUCGGACCCGGAAACCAGUCAAGACAGUGAGGUUCCAGACCCCCGGACGCUUUUCAUGGUUUCGGAAGCGCCGGAGAGCCUUCUGGCACACUCCCCGGUUGCCCACACUACCCAAGAGAGUGCCCAGGGCAGGCGAGGUCAGGAGCCUCAGGGUCCUGCGGGCCGAGGCCAGAGCGGAGGCAGAGCAUGGCGAGCAAGAGGACCAGCUGUGAGGUGAGGGGAGGGGGGCCACGGAGGACCUCAGCACCUGCCGCAGUGUGGGUCCCUCACGGCAUGUGUCUAACUCUCCACACUUGAAAAUGGAGGUAGAGAAAAAAAAAAGAUAAAAAAAAGGAAAAUGGAGGUAGAAUGAGGGCCUGGCAGUGCCUCUCACGUCUCUACCGAAUGUCCCUUUCUUAUUAAAACUGUAUUUUCUAUGCAUUGAUUUUUUUUUUUUUUCUGUCUUUCUCUUUUUUCCCACAUAGCUUGUGGGAUCUUAGUUUCCUGACCAGGGAUUGAACCCAGGUCUCCCCAGUGGUGAAAGUGCUGAGUCCUAACCACUGGACUGCCGGGGAAUUCCCUAUGCAUUGAUUUUUUUUUUUUUUGCAUUGAUUUUUUUUUUUUUAAUACAGACUCUCUAUAGUAACCCAAGGAAUGUAAUGAAAGAAACCCAUACAAUGGAGUUGCAUCCCCUAUGAUCUUAACUUCCUCAAAUGCAACUCUAGGUGCUCAGCCUGGAAAAGGGAGCGAGGCAAAGGAGAAAUCCCUUCCUCUUUCCCUUUUUCUUCCCCCUUUUGCCCAUACACUUUCACUCACUGCCUCCUGGAACUGGAAAAGAGGGCGCAGGUCAACAUGCAAAUAAAAAU